AUGGAUGAAGAGUAUUUUAGCACGUGCGUGAGCUCCUGUGCAGAUGCCCACUGGGCCUCCAAGAAAGGAAAAGUGUUAAUGAGAGACUGCGAGUUUGGGACUACCUGCAUGUCUGAUGAGGUUUAUACGAACAAAAAAAUGCUGGGAGCUUUAAUUCACGUUUUGCCUUCAAAAAGUCUGCCCUUAUUCCCCAUUGAGAUGAGGCCUGCACUCCUGCGGCCAGUGGGCAGUGUGACUUGUGCUCUAAUUGACACAGGGCGCUUUGACACUGUGCCUUUCAUUCGGGUCAGCACUCUUUACUACGUGGGAGAGGAUAAUAAAAGGGUAAAAGUGCCAAACACCAGAGAAGAGCUGGCAUUCUGCAGAGAUAUUCCUGCGGAAGAUAAACUCGUUAUGUACAAGAUGGGCAUGGAGUCUUUUGAGGACAACUUUCUGUGUUUAUCGCACAAAACGAGAGAAAUACUUCUUGGAGUCUUUGAAGAGACAGUUGGAGUAAAAGAAUAUUUAAUGCUCUUUGGAAGAAACCAGUAUCUCUUCCCUGCGUGCUCUUUUAGCGAGCUAUCCAGGGCAAUUAUCCACAUGAAUUCGAACAUACAGGUAAAAAUAACCAAUGAUCGCAUAGAUAACAAGGCAUACACCAGCCCUGAAAGUGAUUCAGCAGUGAGCAAAGAUGUUAAUCCAUCUUCGAGUACUGAUGAUGGCUCAGAAGAUCUAGACACUUCGAGUACUAACGGUAUAAAAAAUGGAAAAAAUCAAACACCAGAGAGUGACUCAGACUACGAUCAGGAGAGCAGAGAUAGUAGCUCUGAUGCAGCCUUCAGCACCUCUCCAGCACCAUCCACCAAUAAAAAUGAAUACCACUACUACUACACACUUAUUCUUAACUUUCCUGUUGCAGAGGUUCCCUCAAAGUUUUCUUACAAAGCGAAAGACACGCUUAUCCACUUUCUCCACAUAAAAUUAUACGGCCUAAUGUAUGCAUACAUUUGGUCUGAUAAGACACUGCCCCCAGACACUCUGAGACGCAUUGGCAUCUCUCAUGGGAACAUUCUGUUCCACUGCGAGUUUAGAAUCCGAAAAUACUAA